GUCUUCUUCAGCCGCGCAACAGUUUUGUUUGAAGCGUCAACACGUGCGGUAGUCACUCGUCCUUGGUCCUGCUACCCGAAUAUUGUCCAACUUUUGUGAAAGGACUCGCUGACUUUCGCGUAGCGCGAAAUAAAUAUACUUAUUGCAAAAGUGCACGUCAGUCAGUCAGCAAUCGAAGCGAAUCGAAUCGAAUCGAAUCGAAUCCAAUUGAAUAAAGUCUCAAGUGCUGCCUCCUCCAGAAAUACCAACAAAAUAAGGAAAAAACAAAGCACCCAAUUCAACCGAUUUAUUAAUGAUUUUUGUUGUUUUUGUUGCGUGCCGGCAUUAAUACAAAAUAGAAAAUAAAUUCAGAAUUAAGCGAAGGAGAAGGGCAAGUCGGGCGGCUGAAUUAAUCAAAUUAAAAGUACUUGGCCGUGCAAUUACGCAGAAUGCCGUUUGCCUUUUAAGUUGCAUAUUGUUCGGCGAUCUGAGGAGGAGUGCGAGCAGUGCGUACUGAAGCAGAGCGGAUUGGACUGAACUGGACUGGAGUGGAGUGGAGUGGAGUGGCGUAGAGCUGAGAAGCGGAAAGGCGGAAAAGCGCGGAAAAGCGGAAAAACGACGAACGUUAAGCAGGCGAGGUGAGGUGGAGAAGAAGUGCCACUGACAGUGGCAGUAAGUUACGGGCCAAGUUUCGCCGGAGUCGCCUUGUCGCUGGCGCAACUGGCAUAACUCAGAGCUGAUGAAAUAUGGAGCUGCUGCAGGCCCUUUGCUGUACGCUGCUCCUGCUUUUGGCCCGGAUGCAAGUUCUGCUUGCUGUCAGCUGGGAGGAUUGGUGGACAUACGAUGGCAUCUCAGGACCUGCCUUUUGGGGCCUCAUCAAUCCGGAGUGGUCGCUCUGCAACAAGGGUCGUCGCCAGUCGCCGGUCAAUCUGGAGCCCCAACGCCUGCUAUUUGAUCCCAACUUGAGGCCCAUGCACAUAGACAAGCACAGGAUAUCCGGACUGAUCACUAAUACGGGACACAGCGUCAUCUUCACGGCCGGCAAUGAUACGGUGGCCAACUACGACGGUAUGCAGACGCCGGUGAAUAUCUCGGGCGGACCGCUGUCGUACCGCUACCGCUUCCACGAGAUCCACAUGCACUACGGAUUGAACGACCAAUUCGGAUCGGAGCACAGUGUCGAGGGCUACACGUUCCCGGCGGAGAUACAAAUAUUCGGCUACAAUUCCCAGCUGUAUGCAAAUUUCUCAGAUGCCCUCAAUCGCGCCCAGGGCAUCGUGGGCGUCUCCAUUCUGCUGCAACUUGGAGAUCUCUCGAAUGCGGAGCUGCGCAUGCUCACCGAUCAGCUGGAGCGCAUUCGCUAUGGCGGCGAUGAGGCGUUUGUAAAGCGUCUCUCCAUCCGCGGACUGCUCCCGGACACGGAUCACUAUAUGACCUACGAUGGAUCCACAACGGCACCUGCCUGCCACGAAACAGUCACCUGGGUGGUGCUCAACAAGCCCAUCUACAUCACAAAGCAACAGUUGCACGCCCUGCGACGCCUGAUGCAGGGCAGCCCAGACCACCCGAAAGCGCCCCUGGGCAACAAUUACCGGCCACCCCAGCCGCUCCUGCACCGGCCCAUUCGCACCAAUAUUGAUUUCAAGACGACGAAGUCGAACGGCAAGGCCGCCUGCCCCACCAUGUACCGCGAGGUCUACUAUAAAGCGACCAGUUGGAAACAGAACUAGAAGUCAGCGACGUGAUGGCGUAACGUAACGUAUCGUAAGCGUAAGCGUAUGACGUAAGUAGCGAGCGGCGUGCAACAGGAGCUUCCACUAAACAUACAUAUAAACAAGGCGAUGCCGAGGGAAAAGGACACGGACCGGAAGGAUUCAGAUGGAAGAGGGAAGGGACAAGGAGUGGGGUAGAGGAUCACAAAGGAAUCAGUGCAGCAGCGGCCAAAAAAAAUGGCGAUUGGAAAUACACACAUCUAUAAAUAUAAAUAGGCAAAGGAAUAAUAUGGAUAGCGAUUACGAUUACGAUAAUUAGCAUUAAAUGUGCAUUUUUUUUGUCUCCCCCGAAACGAAAAUCAAUCAGACCUUGAUUGCAGUCAGAGGUUACUUUUUUUUGUGUGUGCAUAGCGUAAGUACAAUAACGAUCAAAAACAAAAAACAGCGAUGACUAGUAAUCAUAAUUACCGACAUAACCAUUAACGUAAUCCAUAAAACCAAAUACUAUUGUAUAUUUUAAGUUAGGCCGGACAACGUGAAAAGAUCAAAAUAAUAUAUACAGCAUACAAAAUACGAGUAUCGAUAGUUGGCAAAGUGUUAUGGCAGGCAUUAUGCAAAACCCACCCAAAGAACAGACCCUAAAUCCAUACCCAUACCGUUGGAUGUAUGAAAACAGUCUGUUUAUGCCCCCUAAAUGUGUAUAGAGCGGACUUUGUGUGUGUGCGUGUGUGUUUGUGGACAUUAGGUAAUAACAUUAACAAUAAUCAAGUGUUAAUCUUUAUGAGCGAGAGUACAUCAAUGCGAAAAAAAACUACCACAAUGCUAUUAAUUUUUAUAGUCUGAUAUUUUCACAAUUUGCGGUUCAUAUUUUAAGAUUUAAUCCUGUACUUUAAUAACAUUUUUUUUUUUGGAUUAUUGAAAAAUAUAAUUAUUUACCUUUGUCUUUUUUUUACAUUAACUUAAUGCUUCAGCUUAUUAUUUCAGUGUCUAAAUUCAUACGUAUUUGUUUUCAAAUUCGAUCAGUAAAACGUGACGAACUACUAAUAUAUUGGCCAAUUUUAUGGGCUUAAAAAGGGUCCCACGGGGCAAUGCAGACAUCCAUUGAGGACUUUACUUGCACAUUUAAUUGCAAUUUUAAAAUUAUGAUUUUGGGCAUUUUUAAUACGUAAUUCCGAAGUGGAGGCACCACUAACGUUGCAGUGUCGCCACAAACGCGUGCAUUUUGCAUUUUAAAUGCACUUGACCGCAGAGCAUUCACUGUUCCGCCAGUUCCCCACCGGCUUGUGUAACCGGGGACCUUAUCGAGCCAACUCACCCGGCAUCCUGCAUCAUCCUCGAGCACCCAGAUGCCACCCUGCACCACCCUGCCCCCACCGUGCCCCAUCCAAAAACCACCCGGGAAUGUCGGGCUGUCGCUUAUCGAACGGCAAAUGCAACAUGAAACCACAAAAUCUGUUGCGGUUAUUUAAAAUCACGUUUAAAUACGAAAGUGCUGGCUGUCUCUCGCUUCGUUUGGGUUUUUCGGCCAGUAUCCAGUAUAAAAAUCAACUUUUUAAUGGCCGAAAGGAAAAUGAUUACGUAUACGCCGCGUCGCCGAAAGCUGGCCAAAGCUGUACAACUUUUGUGUGUUUUUUGCUUUAGUAUUGCUGGCUAGCUCUAAAUACCCCUUUUGCAAAAUCACAUAAUAAUUUGUAUAAACAUUUGCAUUAUUUGCACAAGUUGACAUUUUGCAGUUUUGUUUUUGUUCGUCGGCAUUCGACUGAAACUUUUUGAGCUCUUUGUUUCAUUUAGUUGGUUUUCAGUUUAUGCAUUGUUAUUUGUUUUUUUUUCCAUUUUAUUCUGUACUUUUUUGUUUUGGCUGUGCAUCGAGGGAUUUGCCAAUGGGAAAUUAUGACUUAAAUUAAUACAUGGCAAGUGCAAUUUAUUUGAGUGAAUCAAGCGGCAGCUUCUGCCUCAAGCUGAUACCCUGCAAUGUUUUGGAAACACUUUGUCUUUGAUUAAGGUUUUUAAAUGGUAGAAAAACAAUUACAAAAAUCAAUUAUAUUUAACGCAGUUCAAAAGACUUAAGACAAGUUUGUAUAGCUUAGUUUUUAAAGUGUCAACCAAAAACCAACUUCUCUCUUUUGAUUAUUCGCACACUUCUGUAUUUACAUGGUAUUUGCAAAUACCAUCACUUAGCCAGUGCAGUGACCUAAUUAGCCUGGCCAGGGAAUUACGCAGUCCAUCAGUUUAUUUGCAGCAAACUCAAUUCCAACUUUGGCUGACUUUCAAUCAAUCAAAUGGUUUGGGCGAGGCGGGGCAACUCUGGCCAAACUGAUUUGCGGUGAGUUCUGCACGAUGCUGCAUAACUGCAGCACAAGUGGGCGUGGAGGCGGGGGGCGUGGCUGACCACUGGACAGAUGGGGCUAACCCGACACAUUUGUAUAUUGACAGGAAACGAGUGAGUGGAUGCAAAGUGCAGGUGUAGCAGUAUUUACUUAUUUCUGGAUUACAUGCAGUUAAGCCUCUUAAAUGAAUGCGCCUUUUGAAAUCAGUAAUUUUUAAUCAAAUUCACGUAAUUUACAGGGUAUGCACUCCGUUUCAUGCUGCGAUCUUUCUUAUUCAGCGUGAACUACCAUUUUAUCGCCACCCCAAAAAUUGUGGCUGGAUGAUUUAUGUACGGGGUAGAAGUACUUCUUUUUACAUCAUUUCAUUUUCAUGAAUAUGCUGUACAUGCUGUAUGCGCUAUAUGCGAUUGCAGUUGGCCAUUUCGACUAUUGGCCAUUUUGGUGAUUAUUUUUAAUACAUUGAAAUUGUGGGUGGCAUGGAGUUUCCAUUGGUGUGCAUUUCGGACUCAGAUAAAAGACAACAUCGAUCAUGACAGUCGAGAGGAGGGCAAAACCAUUCGGAACGAACCUGCAAAUAUUGCAAUUUGACAAAGUGACAAAUUCGCAGCCAUUCAUUUUUCUGUGUGCGUGAGCUUUCAAGCAAAUUAGGGUGCCGACUAUGUAGUGCCCUGUUAAAAUAUUUAUAUAAACUACUAAUUAGCUAUAUGUGUGUACACCUUGGGUAUUAUUAUUUUGUUAAUAAUAUUUGAUUUUUUAUGUUUUAUCUUAUAUUAACAUAUGCAUAGCAUUAGUAGAUAUAACAACUAGAAAAAAGGAAUAUUUUCAUGAAUUGGCAAUUUUCACCAUUUACUAUUUCCAGUUUCCAGCAUAAAAAAAGUGUAAAGUGUUGCAAAAUUUUUAUGAGCAGCCAUCAAGCGAUUGGAAAUUGCAGUGUCAGCCGAUUAAGGCAGCAAUCCGAUGAAUGGGAAAGUGAGCUAGUGAUGUAACAAUAUUCUAUGAGAAAAGAUAUAUAUCUAUCUAUAGAUAGUUCCCGACCGAUCAGAUUUCCUUGAGGCAUAUUACCAUAUCUCGUUGUUGUUUUUAAUAACUCGAAACCGAACCGGCAGAUGAGCAAGGCCAAACCACUUUUCCGACCAGUUAUGCAAAUGGCCCCAAGUACAGGGGGUGGUCAAAACCCCAAUCGCAAUCCCAAUCCGCAGUCCAAUCCCCAGCCCAACCAAUCCCCUGACCAUUUGAACCUUAAAUAACACAGCCCAACCCCACUUCCCUUUGGGGCUAUCGCUGCUGUCCACACAAGACUAAUUAAAUUAUGGAAAUUAAAUUGAAUCGAGCAUAUUUGUUGUUUGCAGUUCAUAAAUUUGCGCUGCUAAAAUGUCCGGAGCAGCUAAUGUUUCGCCCCUUCGGCCGUGACGCCAUGUAAAUCAUUUCACAAUAAAACGCACAGCGCAGCAGCAGCAACAUGCAGCAGCAGCAGCAACAACGGCAGCAACUCACUUAAUUAUGACAUCAUUAAUUUUUAAUAAUGACAAUUUUGCGACAAUAAAUCACUUAACUAACACAAAUGCGCCAGAGCAGCAAUAUGCAUGAAAUUAGUAAACUUUAAACAAUGCGCGUGUGAUUGCGAGUGUGUGUGCGUGUGUGUGGGUGUAAGUGUCAGGAUGGGUGCAUCAAUGGGUUAAGUUGGGCUGGAUAAGCAAAUAAACAGAUAGACUGUCCCCAUUGCCUUGUCCUGGCAUUGAGUGAUGCCAGCCAACAGGAGGUUGUUGCCGUUGGGCAGCGAUAUUGCUGCGGGGCAGCAGCAGCAGCAGCAACAACAGCGGCAGCAACUGCAGAUGCAACAGCAAUUGCGAGUGCGAGUGUCGUGCAUGGGAUGAAUUUAAUUAAUCUCGCUACCGUCAGUUGCACACAAUUGCAAUUAACUUGCAACACUCGCAUAAUUACAGGCGACCUCAUGUUUUGCUACUUAUCAGCAUCAACAUUGACCCAACGACAGCAACAUCCAGCUGCAAUCGCUGGCAAUUGUGAUGGCAGUCACUGAUACCCUGUACAAGUAACCGGUGCACCAUAACCUAUUGUAUGCUUAAAGUCUUAACCAUUUUCGUUGGCUAUUUAAUAACAAACUCACAUACAAUUUCCACUUCAAAUGCCUAGGAAUAUGCAAUGGUACUUUGUAGAUGGCUAAACCGAAGUACACUUGUACUUCUUUUCAAUUGGAAAAAUUACUUAUAUGCAUCAUAAUUUUUUCGAUUUUCCACAGUCGCUUAUACCCUAUUUUUUUACUUUCCCAAAGGGGCAUAACGAGCGACAAGCUUGCCCUGACACAUGGUCGACUCUCAAUCUCUCCCUCUCUGUCUGCCUGUCCAUCUGUCUCUGUCCAUCCAUCCAUGUGCAUGUGUGUGUGGGUGGCUGAGUAUGUGAGUGUGUGUGGGCAGUGGUUGGCUCAUUGGUCAUUUGGUUGCAGCUCGGUUGGUGUUAGCGGUUGCUCGUCAUCGUCAUCAUCAAACUGCUUGUUGUUGUUGCUGCUGCCGUUCGGCGACUGAUUGCAAAUGUUGCUGCAAUUGUUGUUGCUGGUGCUGUUUGUUAAUGCCUGUAGAGCACAAAGCUGCUGCCUUGUGGUCAAGUGAGGCACCUGCCGCAAUGCCACCACCCCAUUACCAACCACCCGCUGCCAUCCGACCUCCGACCUCCACCCACCACCCAUCGCAUCGCCGACUGCCCGCCAAUGUCACUGCAAAUUAACAUUUUGUAACGCGUUUCGGUUGCUGCCGUGUUUUCAUUUCACACUUUGGGCAUUUGUCCACGUGUGUGUGUGUGUUUGUGUGAGACAUGCAUUUGACACAGGAACUGGACAAGGCAAUUGCCCAGCAACCACCGCCCACCACCCACUCUGUGGCAAAUUUGUUGUAUUUGCGCCUGAUUGCCAAAUCAAAUAUUUGGCAUACACGGCAACAAAAUGCCAAGCUAAUGAAGGCAGACCAUAGGAAUUCAAGUCCAUACGAUUCGAAUAAUUAAAGUGAUUAAAGAGAGAUAAAGUGAGCAGUGCUUAUAUUUUCUUUUGCUAUCCCUAUCUUCAUAGAUUUUAGUUACAUUUUAAUUUAUUAAUAAUGCUCACAACAUAUUAUCUACUGUGUAGUCUAGACCAAGGGUCAGUAAACAGAGGGUCGACGGAAAAGUGUACGAAGAGUUUGGCUUCCAUUUCACACGUAAAUAAAUAAUAGACUUUCGAAAGGAGCGAAGGGUCGCCCAUUUUUGGAUUUCAAUUUGGAAAGAAAAAACUGUUUAAUUUGCACAAACAAAUUUGGUUCGAGUUGUGCUCACAACUCGCUGAUUGUUGGGCAAAUUUUGUUGAUUUCUUGUUUACUCAUGGGCCCCGAAACAAACCAGCAGCACACCCACAUCCACACACAAACACACAAACGAGCCGGAAAAGAAUUAAUUUGGGUCAAGCAUCCAAUAAACAAUGAUAAGCUAUCGAACUAGACGAUAUCCUAAUGUAACUAAGCAGAAAAGCACACACAUAUUCGCUGUAAGAUUUAUGUAUGUAUAAUGAACAAUGAAGCAACAAAAAUAGUUCACUUAGCGGCGUAGUAAUGUAAAUUUUUUUGGAGCAGCAGAAACUCCACCGAAUAAUCCUAUAUAUAGUAACAUAUAGCGUAAUUAAACCAAUACGAAUAUGAUAUAUAUAUUCAUCACAUAGUGAAAACCAAACUAAAUGCUUUGUAUGUUUAACGAAUUAAGUAGCGAAACCAAGGCGAACACCAAGUGUGUAGUGUAAAAAAAGGACAGCUAAAUAUUAUAGCAAAAGUAUAUAUAUAUAUAUAUAUAGAUAUACAUAUAUAUAUAACUCCCAGAAAUCAGCUUGCCCCAUUGUUGUGUGUUGAAAUCCCUCGAAUAUAGUGCUAUAUACUGACAUGUGUAAAAA